GGUUAUAAUAUAACCAUUGAUUUUAAUACUGGUAUAAGUAUUGUAUAUAUCAACAGUACAUCAGCAGUAAGAGAUGGGGGAGAAUGGACAUGUGAGGAUGGGGGCAGUUCUAACAGUACAAAUCUCAAUAUUACAGUCCCAGCAUCCAGUACAAUAAAAGAUAAGGGUAGAUUAUUAUUUACUGAUGGUAUGGUAACAAACAUCACGUGUUAUACAGGAACACUAGAUCCAAACGUGUCAUUCACGUGGUAUUUAGAUUCAACAGAUAAUUUACUACCAGAACAGACUAGUGGUGUUAUAGAUGGCGCAACAGCUAGUAUCUUACAAUUAACUAGUACCAAACACCUAAACAAUAAAACACUCUACUGUUCAGCUACCAAUCAGUGUGGUACUGGUAACACAGAUAAUAUCACUCUUGAUAUAAGAUAUCGACCAACAGUACAUAUAGCACCAUCAACCAGUCCUUAUAAAAUAAUAGAAGGUACUCAACUGACUUUAACCUGUACUGUUGAUGAUUCUAAUCCCCAACCUACAAGUUUUACCUGGAGUAAAGAUGGUAUCAGUAUUACAGGUCAAAUGUCAUCUGUAUUCCGUCUGACGUCAGUACAGAGAUCACAAGCUGGACAGUAUACAUGUACAGCUAAUAAUGUAGUUGGAACAGGAACAUCUACAUCUGUAGAAGUUGAUGUUUUAUAUCCACCUACUGUGUCCACACCAUCUAUAUAUAAGAUACUAGAAUCUGAUGUUUUAUCUGUAACUUGUAGCAGUAUCCCUGGUAACCCUACUGUUAUUAGUUAUAGGUGGACUGGACCUGGUGGAUAUAGUUCUACUGGUGUUACAUUACGUAUACCGGAUAUAAAGAGGAAUCAGACAGGUGGUUAUACAUGUACAGCUACUAAUAUCAUGAUACCUACAUCUACUAAUAUACAACAAACAGGUACAGGUACAAGUCAAACAACAAUUGAUGUUUUAUCUGCUCCAGAUGUACCUAAGGAAUUUAUAUUGGACAGUUUAUCCCACAGUUCCAUCUGUAUCAGGCUAAAACCAGGUUUUGAUGGUGGAGAUACCCAGAAGUUUAUUUUUGAACAUUCUGUCGACAACAAAACUUGGACUUUCACACCAACAGUAGAACUAACUAAAGAAGGCGAUGUUUUAAACGGCUGUAUAGAAAACCUAAACCCAGACACCGAGUACUUUGUGAGAGUAAUUGCUAGUAACAGGUAUGGUUCAUCAAAACCAGUCCACCUGGUGAUUCGUCAGCCACUACGGACUUCAGCUAAUCCAUAUGCAUCUGGUGAGAAUACUAAAUUACAAUAUACGGCACAGUCACCGCACUGA